GGUAAAAUUAAGCAUAUUCAGCCAUUUUGAAUAGCCUUUCAUAAAAGUAAUACUUGUCUUUCGUUUAUUUUAAUAAUUAGUGUUAAUAAUUAUAAGCAUUAUCGUUGCAACUUUAAUUCAGUUUAGUGUAGGUGUUGUGAAUUUAUCUAAAUAGGUUUUGUCCUAAUUUUGUUUGCGAUAGUGGUUCAUCAUACUGAGCUUUCAUGAUUGGAUUACCGCGUAGCGAUAGAGAUAGAGAUCGUAUUACGGUGAAAAUUCGUAACAUGAAGAGAAGUUCGUCGAGAGAUAGUAUGCCGCGAUCCAAGAGAACGCGUAGUAGUAUAGGGAGAUAUGACGAUAGUUCUGACGAGCGCGUCACACCAGAAAGGGUGCGGCGACGUGUUCGCUCACCUAGCCCCCGUGGACGGUAUGUUUCACCUCAUCGUGAUGAUUACGUGAGAUCCCGGGAUGUAAGAGAGGAAUCCGUGCGGCCUUAUUAUAAGGUCUUGUGUGUGAGUGCUUUACAUCCUAAAGCUUCCGAUGAGAUAAUUAAAGAUACCUUAUACAGAGAGUAUAAAAAGUUUGGCGACUUUAGCAUCAAGAUAUCACAUGAGUUGGACGAAAGAGUUGCGUAUGUAUGUUUUCGCAGUGCAGAAGAUGCUCGAGAUGCAAAACACGCAAAACCAAGAAUAAUUCUUUAUGACAAAGUUGCUAUUGUAGAUCCUGUGUAUGAACCUGUCAGAUCAGAGUAUCGGAGCAGACCUAGAAGCAUUACACCUCCUGACUAUGAUCGUCCUUAUUCAUAUGCGUGGUCUCCUGUUCCAGAGCGACGUAGACCACCACCAGAUGACAGGGCUUAUGGUAUACCCCCAACUGUUCCUCCCCAUCACAGAGAUUUUCGUCCUCCGAUGCAUGAAUAUCCAAUGGCAGGUCCUCAUGGACCUCCAAUGCACCACCGUCCUCCUAUGCACCAUCCCCCACACCCACAUUACAUGCCCCGGCCAUACAUGCCCCGCCCGCAUCAUCCACCUUUUGAGAAAAUUGAAAAUAAGAAAGAUAAAUUUCCUAACUAUUUACAUCAUGUACAACCAGAAGAUGAUCCUUUGGCAACAAGAACUUUGUUUGCUGGGAACUUAGAAAUUAAUAUAUCUGAUGAAGAAUUGAGAAGGAUUUUUGGAAGGUAUGGUAUUGUUGAGGAUAUCGAUAUUAAGCGACCUCCUCCCGGCACUGGUAAUGCUUUUGCUUUUGUAAGGUAUCAAACUUUAGACAUGGCUCAUCGUGCCAAAGUAGAAUUAUCUGGACAGUAUAUAGGUAAAUUCCAAUGCAAAAUUGGUUAUGGAAAGGCCACACCUACAACAAGAGUUUGGGUUGGUGGUCUCGGUCCCUGGACAUCAGUUGCGCAACUUGAAAGAGAAUUUGAUAGAUUUGGUGCUAUCAAGAAAAUUGAAUAUGCAAAAGGUGAACCGCAUGCAUAUAUUUUAUAUGAUUCAAUAGACGCAGCACAAGCUGCUGUAAAAGAAAUGAGAGGUUUUCCUCUUGGUGGUCCUGACAGACGUUUGAGGAUUGACUUUGCCGAUGUAGGUACUGGAGGCCCAUACCGUCCUAAACCAUAUGCUCCUGCGGCAGGUGAAGAAGGCAGGCCUGCUGAAGGAUAUGAGGGAUACGAGGGGACUUGGGAUGACGGCUAUGGUUACAGUGGCUCAGGAUAUCGAGGACGCGGAGGGCACCGUGGACGUGGUCGUGGUAUGUACCGCGGAGUUUAUCAUGGAACCGGUGAUUACCGUGAUGAGGAAUGGAGACGAGCUCCUGAUGGUGAAUAUGAUUCUCGAAUUCGCCGUUCUGGAUCACGAGAGCCAGGAGUUGAUAGAUCACGAUCUCGCUCGCCACGGCGCCGAUCGCCCGAUAGUGACUCUGAUGGUUCCCCUCGUAGAAAUGGCGGUAUGCUUGCAUCCGCUCGAACUCUUCCGGAAGUUGUUCGAAAAGCAACUACAAUUUGGAACGGAGCAUUAAUACUUAAAAAUUCAUUGUUUCCAACAAAAUUCCACCUAACAGAUGGUGAUUCAGAAAUUAUUGAUAGCUUAAUGAAGGACGAAGAAGGUAAAAAUCAGUUAAGAAUCACACAAAGGCUUCGUUUAGACCAGCCUAAGUUAGAUGAUGUACAGAAGAGGAUCGCAACAUCUAGUUCACAUGCAAUUUUCCUUGGAGUGGCCGGAUCAACUGCUUCAAUUACGAAUGAGGAUGCUAGCAUCCAAACUAGACCUAUGAGGAAUUUAGUUUCAUAUCUCAAACAAAAGGAAGCUGCUGGAGUCAUAUCUUUGCUGAACAAAGAGACAGAAGCUACAGGUGUAUUGUACUCAUUCCCUCCUUGUGACUUUUCAACCGAACUACUGAAGAGAACUUGCCACAACUUGACUGAGGAGAGCCUGAAAGAAGACCACCUGGUCAUAGUGGUUGUGCGGGGAGGUUCAGCCUAGAUUAGUUCAACAUAGACUCAAUAUCAUAGUUUAAGAUUUUUUAAUCUUUUCCUAAUAUUUUCAAAAUGUUAAACUUAUAUUAUAUAAUUGUUGUGAUGUGUAGUGGUCUUGUGAGGUGUUUGUAAACAUAGUUUAGUGAGGGUUUACUAAUUAAUAAUUUAUGUGCAGUGCUGUGUCUAUCACAGUUUUAGUGUAAAGCAAUAAUUAUUACUGGGAGUUGAAAGUUCAUUAUAUAAAGUUAGUUUCAGCUAGAAUAACCGCAAGAAACAUUGAACUGUGUACUCUAUAAAAUACAGUUUUAGUGUAAACAUAAUCAGUGUAUGAUAAGCAAUGUGUAGUGUGUGUGUACACAAAUAGAUUAUUUUAUUUCA